AUGGCCCAAACUCCAAUCCCCUGGCCCAACGGCCCGACUCCAAUCCCCCGGCCCGACGGCCCAACUCCAAUCCCUCGGCCCGACGGCCCAACUCCAAUCCCUCGGCCCGACAGCCCAACUCCAAUCCCCCAGCCCGACGGCCCGACUCCAAUCCCCCGGCCCGACAGCCCAACUCCAAUCCCUCCGCCCGACAGCCCAACUCCAAUCCCCCAGCCCGAUGGCCUGACUCCAAUCUCCUGGCCCGACUCCAAUCCCCCGGCCCGACGGCCCGACUCCAAUCCCCCGCCCGACUCCAAUCCCCCAGCCCGACGGCCCGACUGCAAUACCCCGGCCCGACUCCAAUCCCCCGGCCCGGCGCCCGACGGCCCAACUCCAAUCCCCCGGCCCGGCGGCCCGACUCCAAUCCCCCAGCCUGACUCCAAUCCCCCGGCCCGGCGGCCCGACUCCAAUCCCCCGGCCCGGCGGCCCGACUCCAAUCCCCCGGCCUGGCGGCCCGACUCUAAUUCCCCGGCCCGGCGGCCCGACUCCAAUCCCCCGGCCCGGCGGCCCGACUCCAAUCCCCCGGCCCGGCGGCCCGACUCCAAUCCCCCGGCCUGGCGGCCCGACUCUAAUCCCCCGGCCCGGCGGCCUGACUGGAAUCUCCAGGCCCAGUGGCCUGUCUCGACAACCCCGGCCCGAUGGCCCGAAGGUACUAUGGCUUGA